CAGCCCUGACAAUUUCCAACAUUUCCUCAUUCAAAGACAAAACACCAUUCGUCAUGUCAACACAAAGAACAGUUGCUUUGGGAGCCUAUAGAAACUUGCUCAAAGCUCAAAAGCAAACUUUUGGAGCCGAUGUCGUCGCUCUCAAUGCCGCCCGUGCAAAGACCUAUGUGGAAUUCAACAAUAGCAAGAAUGAGACAGACCCAAAUGUCAUAGAAGAGAAAAUUACCUUGGCAAAUCAAGUUGCUUCCAUCCUCAGAAGCAACAUCGUACAGGGUGUUAGAAAGGAGGAAGAAGUCGACACUGAUAUCUACAAACUCAAGUUCCACCCUGGCAUUGAAUUGGGCGACAACGACUCAAUACGGAAUUCCAAGGGCAGCCAUAGGAAGAGUAAGAAACAGAAAGCAUCUGGCGGUUGCUGUGGCGGACACUAGAUUUUGGAGGUCAAGGUUUAAGGGGGUAGCCUGCGUUUGAAUGGCACGGUGACAAGCUGAAGGAGGUUCUCCAAAGGGAGUGCAAAUAGGGGAGCUUAGAGAUUUGGAUUUCAAAAAAAAAAAAAAACGGUUUACCUAGGUAGUCUCUUUUUGUAAACAAGAAGCCUAUCAUAUUUCUUUAAAGAAUACACACUUUCGCUUUGUACAUAUCCAACA